AUGGACUGCUGCAACUACGGCGAGUACCGCCACGCGCACGGGCAGUACGCGUGGGACGGCUACGGCUACGCGCUGCCCUACGCGCCCUAUGCGCACGGCUACUAUGCGCCGCACGCGCACGACCCCUACGCGCGAUAUUAUCGCUACGACUACCCCGCACCGCACACACAUCACAAUGAGCAUCCAAUGCCAAUGGACUACGGUGCGUACUCCACAAAGGAGUCGCGCGGACGCAGGACCUUGUCGCGCAGGGACCAGCGUUCGCAUCCGCCUGCACACCAUCUACCACAUCCGCACACGUCCUCUUCGGAAUGUGGGGUGACUGGUCGCCGUUCGGGCUACUGCGAGACGCAAAUGUGGCCACAUUAUCAGAUGGGAGUCUUGGCUGGGGGCGGUUGGAGUGCGACCAAUGCCGCAGGCAGUAUGUGGGCUUCCAGAGGUAUGUGCUCCCGCGAACAAGUGCGGUACAUGCCCUCCGACUGUCGUAUGAUUAAGAGUUCACAAAUCAGCCAUCCGAACCAACUUUGUGCUCCUGACGGGAGGUCCACACCGUUUCCUGUAUACGAAAAUGGGUCUUACGCCAGCGACAACGGAAAGCAUAGUUGCGCGGUAGAGGUUACUGCUAAGAGCGUCACUCAGUCGGAAAUAGCACGACCGGUACGCGAACGAAUCUUUAGUGAGCCUCAACGGGGUCCAUCUGAGGAGAAAAGACCGCCGGUAGUACCACUGCCAGCGUUUCAACAAGCUUUCGGCUCGACUGAAAUCGGGAAAUUUGCCGAGGCGUUCAGUCGCGCCGAAGUGGCUCACGAGGCUGAGGACAUUUCCAAUGACAAUUUCACGUUUGAAUCCUUCCAAGACUGGGAAGGGGCAGCUGAAUGGUCGUCGCCUCCCGCCAAUCGAGAGAUAAAAUGCGAAGAGAACUAU